CAGAAAGGUGAAUGGCAGCACUGUCAGCUGUUGCCUUAACGCAGACAACUGGCAGCUCUGUGCAGGAACAGGGCUGGCUCAACGCCGGCAUACAAGACAUUAUUGGGGAAAUAAUAAAAAUUAAUAAAUAUGUUGUACAAAUGUCUUCUAUUGCUGCUCGCAAUUAUUCAAAUCAGCGGCGCUGAACAUGAGACCUCAGUACUGCCAGAGGCCUAUGUAGACGCCGCUCAACGCUCGACACAUACGAACAACUGGGCUGUAUUGGUGGAUGCAUCGCGUUUCUGGUUCAAUUAUCGUCAUGUGGCCAACGUGCUGUCCAUUUAUCGUUCUGUCAAGCGUCUCGGCAUACCCGACUCGCAGAUCAUUUUGAUGAUUGCCGACGAUAUGGCCUGCAAUGCGCGUAAUCCACGACCGGGCCAGGUGUACAACAAUGCCAAUCAGCACAUUAAUGUGUAUGGCGAUGAUGUGGAGGUGGAUUAUCGCGGCUAUGAGGUAACUGUCGAGAACUUUGUCCGUCUGCUAACGGGCCGCACACAAAACGGUACUGCACGCUCCAAAAAAUUGCUCUCGGAUGCGGGCAGCAAUGUGCUUAUCUAUUUGACUGGACAUGGCGGCGAUGGCUUCCUGAAAUUCCAGGAUUCCGAGGAGAUAACCAGCCAGGAACUGGCCGAUGGCAUACAGCAAAUGUGGGAAAAGAAACGCUACAACGAGCUCUUCUUUAUGGUCGACACUUGCCAGGCGGCGUCGCUGUACGAGAAGUUUACAUCGCCCAACGUUCUGGCCGUAGCCAGCAGCCUGGUCGGCGAGGAUUCGCUAUCGCAUCAUGUGGACCCCUCGAUUGGCGUUUACAUGAUCGAUCGCUAUACCUACUAUGCACUGGAGUUUCUGGAAAAGGUGCAGCCAUUCAGCAAGCGCACGAUUGGCGAAUUUCUGCAAGUGUGCCCCAAGCGCGUCUGCAUCUCGACUGUCGGCGUUCGCAAGGAUUUGUAUAGACGCGAUCCGCACAAGGUGCCCAUCACAGAUUUCUUUGGCGCCAUACGGCCGACACGUGUGUCCACAGAUCGCAUCAAUGUGACGCUGGCCAACGAGGAGGACUUUGUCAAUGAGGUGGCCCAUGUACAACCAAAGAAGCAGUUCAAGAUCAUAAUAGAACCGCAAUUCACAGCAAAAAUCUUGAAAUAAGCAAUGAGACCUAGACUUAGACGUGUUUGAUGAAAAAAUAAAUGA